GUGGUCCCAUUGUACAGAAGAGAAAACUGAGGCUCAGGAUGGUAAGGCAACCAUGCAGCCACCUGGGAGAGGUGGGGAUAGGGCGGGGGGGACUCAGCCUGGCUGACACCCCCCUGCCCACCUCAGUUCCGUUCUCUGUGAAAUGGGGGCUGAUAGCAGCUGCCCUGGAGGCUGUGUUGUCUGUGGAGCCUCGGGACGUGCUCAGCACUGGGGGCCCUGGCUGGUGGGGUGCCCUGAUCCUGCUCCCAAGUGCACCUCCCCCGGACCCAGCUUGGGAAGCAGCCCUGCAGGCUCAUGCGAUGGGCCUGGAGCAGGGUUGCAGGAGGCAGGGUCCUGGGCACGGCUCUAGUGCACAUUUCUUGAUGUAAAAAGUCCUCUGCCCCAGAGAACACCAGGCACCCCCUUCCGAAAAUGGCAAGCAAAGGCUGAGGGCACCGCCUGGGGCAGGUGAGCGAGGUGAGGGUGUCUGGCACUUGUGUGUGGGAGGGCGGCGCUGGGGAGGGCCCCAUCUGGGUGUGACUGUGUGAGCUGGUCUGUUUGUAGGUGAUAUUGUGAUUUAGUCUCACCUCUGAGCAAGAAUUACCUCCCAGGAAGGCAGCCCCUUGACAAGCUGUGUACUCUGUUGAGAUCUCUGUCAAGAUGCCCCUGCCCAGUGUUACAUCGCAAAGGACCCCCCAGAUAAGCUAAAGCUGUGUGGCUGCUUCGCUGCCCUCCAGCCCACCCGGCUGUUUACAAGUUCUGCCCUGUGCUUCCAAGAGAGGCUUCAGCUCUUAAGGGGAUCUUGAGGGACCUGCAUGCUCUGGAGAUUUGGCUUGCGGAGUACGUAGCCCAGCCUCUCUGCCACCUUAGGGCCCCACCCCUCCACUACCCAGGUCUUCACGAAGAAGGGUCCUCAGUGCCCUGUGACAGAGUCUAUUGUGUCUGUUCAGUUUGGUGCCGGGGGCAAGCUGUGGGGCCAGAGGUAUCUGCGUGGCUCCCACAGAGGGAGUAUGGUGCCACGGUGGAGGUCUGGUCCUGGGAGGUGGCCAUUUAAGCAGAUAAGCCAGUGAGAAUCAGCUGCAGGAAGGUGCUAGGGCUUCUGUGCGAUCCUGCUAGACUCCUCAGAGGGAGUUUGGCCUCCAGGUGAGGCCACAGUCAAGGAGGAAGCUGGCAUUCCGGUAACUAAGCAGAUCGGCGUGUGCUGGGUCCAGGGUGCCUGCACGCAGCCCCACCACUGUUCUCAGCUCCACCUGGAAUCCCUUGAUUCCGUGUCAGGCACGUGGGUGUCCCCUAGAGGAUUUUCCCUGUGGCCUCUCCCCAGGGAUUGGAGAAUCAAGAAGAUGGGACAGUUUGAAAGCAGGAUGUAAGAGUUUCCUUCUGCAGAAACAAGUUACACAAACUCACUACUUAAAGCAACACAGGUUUACCCUCUUACAGUUGGAGAGGUCAGAAAUCUGGAUAAUCCCUUUGCUUCAAGGUCGGUGGAUUAACAAUUUAACUUCCAUCCGCUACCUCGAGCUCCCCUUGCAAUGACACAUGAUCCCCAUGGGUCCUGAGAGUUGGGAUGUGACAGAUUGGGGGCUAUUACUCUGCUGACCGUGAGGGGAGAUUAUGGAGGCAGAACCGACUGUUCCGACCACCUGGAUUCCACUGGCAGCAUCAGCAUAGCACGAGUUCUGGAAUCAGAGUUCUGUCCAACAUGGACUGUGGCAGGGCUCACACCUGAGUCCACAGGUGGGCGUCUUAAACACAGACCCACGGGCCGCUGAGUCCCACCCCAGGAGUGACUGAUUCUGCCCUGGUCUCAGUGGGCCUGAAAGUCUGUGUUUCUGACAGGUUCCCCAGUGCUGCUGCUACUGCCGGUCCUGGACCCACUCUGGGACCACUGGUCUACUGUGUGCAUGGUGUCCCUGGGCCACAGCCUAAGACGGGGUCUCCCAGCUCUUGCUCAAAGACCUCCGGUGCCAGUAUGACUCAUUCCACCUUCAGGUGACUUGAAUGGCCUGAGGGUUGACUUCAGAGCCUGGCUAGCUCUGGGCUGAAUCCCAGCCAGAUGACCCUGGACAGGUUCCUCACCCUCUGUGGGCUGCCUUGUGGGACUGUGACAGGACUAAAUGAGAUGGUCUGCAAGCAGCACUCGGGGUGCUCAAGGGAGCCAUCGUUAGCCAAGUGUGAGGACAACUCAGAAUUGAUGCCUCAGUUCCAGGGCUGCCGCUGUCUGCUAGGACCAGUGGUGGCAUCUCCUGUGGCUGGUCCCCAAAACUCGCUGGUGAGGGUUGGGUGCAGAGAUUAUGCAGCAGCAGAGAAGCACCAACCCUUCCCUCACCAGGACUGCGAAAAUGCAGAGAAUUAGCUGUGUGUUCGUUGCUUGGGGAGCAGAUAGGGCUCUGGCCAACACCCAUCCCCCAGACUUGAGUCUCCACGGAAAUUGAUUCCUGGGUUCUGGGGAGGAAACCACACCCAGUGGAUGAUGAAGGAGUUUAUGGCGGAAGUGAACUGGAGGAGGAAGGACACACCAGAAACACAGGAUGCCUUUGACCCAUUUGCUAAACAAACAGCUUCCAGGGUUUCAAGCAGGUGUUGCCCUCUUGGCUUCAGGUUACCACCAGUUUUCACCAGCUUGUUUCUAGAAUGAAGAAGUAAGGAAUGGAGAGAGGACUUGUGGGUGCCUCCAAGGCCAUUGCCUGUCCUGACCCAAGCCCAAAGACAGUCAUGGGCAGGGCGUCCUUGGGCUGAGCCUGGCUGGGAGGCCCUGCUGGUGCCCUUGACGCAUCUGCCGACCAUCGAGCGUGGGGCAUCCUCGUGGGGCAGGGCUGGGCACCCUGGGAAGUGUGUGCACCCCUGACCUCACUUGUCCUCUGAGGUCAAGUGAUGGGACAGGGGUCAGCCUGAACACUGCUCCUCAUUCCCCUCCCCAGGCAGAUGGGGGCUGAGGCUGCCAGGUAGCCUCUUCCAACACCCACCUGCUGGCAAGGAAGGCCGUUUCUCUGGCAGCUGCUCCAGGGAAUUCCAGGCUGCGGAGCCCUCACAGAUUUCUCUCCCCCAAAUAAAAUCUGUCAUCUUUUACUACCACAGGCUCAUUUCAAAAACUCCCUCGCUUCUCCAUUUCUCCUCAUUUGUUGUUUUACAGAAGAAACUGGAGCGGCCUUCCUCCCUAGCACUUUCUGGGAGGAGGUUCUCCUCUGGGGAGAGGGCAGGAGAGACACGGGGUGGAGGGAGAUGCCACAGGAACCAGGUGUCCUGGUUCCAGCUUCCACCUCAAUGUGGCAUCAGUAGACAGUCCUGCCUACUUCCACUAGCAUUGGUCUGGUCUCUGCUUUCCCCCAGGAAGUUUUUUAAAAAGACAAAAGGCAGUUUGCAUGAUGCCGUGUGACCACGUGGGUAACAAAGUCUUGGUAGCUACGUGUGGUCAGGAGGGAGCACUUUGGGGUCUGUCAGUGCUUGGUGGGGAUCCCCAGGCCACCCAUUACUAGCUGUGUGGUCCUGGGUAAAUUUCUCAACCUAUCUGAGCCUCAGUUUCCUCAUCUGUAAAGAGGGAGUGGUGGCACCAGCCUCCAGGAGGUGGCUGUCCCAGACGGAAGCCAGGGGAAGUCAUUUGUUAGUUUUGCAGCAGAGCUAGGCACCGACCUUCACUGAGGGGCUCCUUGCUCUUCAGAACUCAAAGACUCCCCAACUCCUUGGGACUUAAAGUAAGAUUUGUGAACACUCACCGUCUGGUCUGUGCUCGGUUUGUAGAGAGGGCUGAAGGGCUGGCUGCCUCUGUGCCCUUGGUAUCCAGAUAACUCGACACAGGCUCCUCCAGGAAGCAUCUUUGCUCUGGUCAGAUUUCUCCCACGCUCCAUUCCGUCCAUCCAGUCACAGCUACAGAGUUUUCCUGAAGGCCCCACGUGGGCCGCAGUGUCCUGCUGGCUGUGCGCUUUUCUCUUAACUCCACUGGUGCUGUUAGUGGAAUGUGUUCCAUUAUUUUAAUGGAUCAGCACAAAGAUCUGUGUGUAUCUUGAUGGCAUUUUGUAAACACUUGCAGAGAUGGCAGCUUCACUUAGCAGAGAACUUCAUGGUUUGUACUUUUUAUACCCCACCUGGAUUUGAGGCAGCUGAGGUUCACCCCCAACACCUUUCUGCAUGUAUAAUUCAAGGAGGGCUGAAGAAGCAGGUGGAUUUUCUGUGUCUUGUCCACCCUGGUGUCUUGAGAGGCCCGAGCGUGGCUCAGGGAGUGGCUGGAGCACAGGUGCUGGGGUCCCCCAGUCUGGCCUCACCCAGCCCUACCACUUCCUGGCUGUGACCCUUGGGGCAAACAAGCUCACUCCCCCUCUCUGGUCCUCCAUUUCCUCAUCUGUCAAAUGGGUACCAGAACUGUCCACCUCCCAGGCUGCACACAGGUUAUACGCGCAAGCAUUCAUCGCACACCAGUAAGCCCAUGUUUAAUACUGAACCUAAGAAAAUACCCAUCCGGCACCUGGGCUUCAACCUGGGAGCUCUGACUCUCUGAUGGAGGUGCUGACAGUCAGGGGAGAAACCUCCAAAUUUAGAGGUGGUAGCAGAUGGCAGCUCACCCGGUGCAGCUGUUGGGAGCUCCCAGGCAAAGUCUGUUCCUUCCAUGGAGCCUGGGUUUCUCAUCAGACUUUGAUUGGGGGUGCAUGGCUUCUGACCAUGAGGCCUUUCCUGCAGACCUGGCUGACUUGAGUGGCUCCCUUCCUGCUCCCUCCCUCCCUUCCUCAUGCCCCAGCCAUGCUUCCUGAGGGGCAGGAUGGACUCCAUGGCCCUGUUGGCUGCUUCCCUCUGAGUGGUCACUCCGGGGUGUGAGUGCUGUAUGGGGGGGGGCAGGAGCUGUCUUUGCCCGCUGACCAUCAGCCCUGUGGGCAGAGCUGCAUGGCUCUCCUGGCCCCUGCCAGCACCUGGGCUUCCCCCCAGAGCUGGGUCUUGUUGGUGUCCAUCAAGUGACCUUGACUUAGCCUGUCGUGAGCUUUCUGGGGUUCCAACGGGGACUUUGGAGGAUAUGCUGUAUGUUCCUGGGGGGAGAGGUGGGUAAUUGGCCUCUGUGUCGGGUCCCAGGGAUGCUGAUACGCCUCCUGACCACCUGUUCUCUCCUCCCACAGAGCCUACAACGAUGGUGGUGUCACCAGCCAGCUCAGAAGCCCAGGUGGUGCAGUCGCUGGGCUUCGCCAUCUACCGCGCGCUGGACUGGGGUCUGGAUGAGCAGGAGGAGCGGGAGCUCAACCCGCAGCUGGAGCGGCUCAUUGACCUCAUGACCAACAGUGACUGUGAGGACGAUGACGGCGGCUGCGGGGCGGCCGACGAGGGCUACGGGGCUCCAGAGGAGGAGGAGGAGGCCGAGAGCGGCCUGCGUGCCGUGCGCUCCUUCGCACAGGCCAUGCGCCUGUGCGCCGCUCGCCUGACCGACCCCAGCGGCGCGCAGGCCCACUACCAGGCCGUGUGCCGCGCGCUCUUCGUGGAGACGCUGGAGCUGCGGGCCUUCCUUGCCAGGGUCCGGGAGGCCAAGGAGAUGCUGCAGAAGCUUCGGGAAGACGAACCACAGUCAGAGAGGCCCCUGGCGGAGCUCGACAGCCUGGGGCGCACAGACUGGGCCCGACUCUGGGUCCAGCUCAUGCGGGAGCUCCGCCAUGGAGUGAAGCUGAAGAAGGUGCAGGAGCAGGAGUUCAACCCCCUGCCCACCGAGUUCCAGCUCACCCCCUUCGAGAUGCUGAUGCAGGACAUCCGCGCCAGGAACUACAAGCUGCGCAAGGUCAUGGUCGAUGGGGACAUCCCUCCCAGGGUGAAGAAAGAUGCCCACGAACUCAUUUUGGACUUUAUCCGCUCCCGGCCUCCCCUGAAGCAGAAGCAGAGGACCCUGCACGAGAAGAUCCUGGAGGAGAUCAAGCAGGAACGGAGGCUGCGGCCCGUGGAGGGCAGGCGCUGGGAUGGCCGUGGGUUUGGCUCUCUGCCUUGCAUCCUCAACGCCUGCUCUGGGGAUGUCAAGUCCACUUCCUGCAUCAACCUGUCCCUCCCAGAUGCUGGGAGCAGCGCCCAGCGCCCACGGCCCCGGGUCCUGCUAAAGGCACCCACCUUGGCUGAGAUGGAGGAGAUGAACAUAUCCGAGGAGGAAGAGUCUCCGUGCGGGGAGGUCACACUGAAACGUGACCGCUCCUUCUCGGAGCACGACCUGGCCCAGCUCCGGGGCGAAGUGACUUCUGGUCUGCAGCCAGCCCCGCAGCCUGAAGGAGCGUUAGCGCCGUCGCGGCCCCGGGCAGGGAGCGUGCAUUCCUGGGGGCCCAGCACCCAGCAGCAGGGUUCCUUCACGGUUAGUGUCCCGUCCCAUCCUGACCCCAGCUGCCCCCCACACAGUGACCUGGGCUCAGCCGAAGACAAGCCAGGGGCCUCCUCGGCCCCAGACGCCCAUCACCUGUGGCUGGAGUUCAGCCACCCUGUGGAGAGCCUUGCUCUGACCGUGGAGGAGGUGAUGGAUGUGCGCCGUGUGCUGGUGAAGGCUGAGAUGGAGAAGUUCCUGCAGAACAGGGAGCUCCUCAGCAGCCUGAAGAAGGGGAAGAUUUGCUGCUGCUGCCGGAUCAAGUUCCCUCUGUUCUCCUGGCCGCCCACCUGUCUUUUUUGCAAGAGAGCUGUCUGCACUUCCUGCAGUGUGAAGAUGAAGAUGCCUUCUAAGAAGCUUGCACACAUCCCCGUCUACACGCUGGGCUUUGAGAGUCCCCAGAGGGUGUCACCUGCCAGAACCAUGCCGACACAGAGAAGAGACGUCUUCCAAUCCCUGCAGGGGCCCCAGUGGCGCAGCGUGGAGGAGGAGUUCCCGCACAUGUACACCCACGGCUGCGUCCUGAAGGAUGUCUGCACUGACUGCACCAGCUUCGUGGCGGACGUGGUGCGCUCCAGCCGCAAGAGUGUGGAUGCCCUCAACACCACGCCCCGCCGUGCCCGCCACACCCAGUCCCUGUACGUCCCGGACACCUGGACUCUGGACCUCAAGUGACAGCCCCUGGGCCCCCAGGCCACCUGGCCAGAGGCUUUCCAAGGUGCCCCCAGGUGGCCAUGUCUCUGGGGAGGAGAUGGGCUCGUCCUGACCCAGGCGGAGAAGUCCCCAUCCUCCUGAGUGUGCAUGUACAUAUAUACAUAUAUAGAUAUGUUUAUAUAAUACUUACACACAGCCUGUAUAUUUAUAUUCAUGUUUCCUGGCCCCAGAGUUCAUUUGGGGUCAGGCUCACCCCAGGACCCUCCCUGGGGGAGGCUGUUUCCCCAGGUUCCUUGGGGUGGGGAGGGGGUGGAAUAGGAACAGGCCUCCUCACUCAGACAGGGAGGGGCAGGUGGAGGGACAGUACAGGACCCCAGCGGGGGGCUCUGGGGAGAGGGUCCCACCCCCAUAUGUAUUCUCUUCUCUGUCUGGGGCUGAGAAUACUGCAGCUUCCCCUCCCUAGGUGGGAGUCCGGGCUGGGACAGGGCUCCUGGGUCCCCUUUUUGCAUCUGUGCACUCUCAGCAGGGAGGUGGGCUGAGAGUCCUCUGUUGGGCCCCCGUUUGGAAGAUCCAAGGCCCAGCUUGCAACUUGCCCCUGCCUGGCCUCCACACCUGGCCAUUGCCAUGCAGCUGGUGUCACCUGCCUCACUACGUGUGGGACCGUGCUGGCCUGAGUCCCGAUUCCAGGAGGAGCAAUGUAAACUGCACAUGGCCACUCGUGACCUAAUAAAGGUGGUCUCAUAGUC